GGAGUAAACGGGCUUGCCCCCUUCCCCCGUGUUUUUGUUUUUAUAUCUCCCCAUCUCCCCCAUCUUCGACCCUUCUUUUCUUUCCUCUCUCAGUCCUCCUCCUCCUCCUCCUCCUUUGUCCUUUCCCCUUCUUCCUCUUCUCCCCUUCUUCAACAUGGACAAAAUGGACAAGUCCCAACCCGCCCUCUCCUCCCAUACGGAGAAUGCCGAGUCCGGCCCCUCCAGCCUGACAGCCUCCACGGCAUCAGGUCGCGUGGCCGGUGGCAAGUACCUCGAGGGCGUCGAUACCUCCGCCCACGAUGGUCCCCUCCAGACCGUCGACUUUGACCUCCCUCUCACCGUCACCCAGCGCAUGGUCCAAGAUGGCAAUCAGUACAUCGUCCUCGACUUCGCCCCCGGCGACAAGGAGAACCCCUUCAACUGGGACCCCAAGUACAAGGCCUUCAUCUCCGCCCUCCUCUGCCUGAUGACCCUCUUCAUCGGUCUCGCCACUACCGCCUACAGCUCCGGCAUUGGCGACAUGGCCUCCGACCUGGGCGUCUCCGAGGAGAUCGCCAAGCUCGGUCUCUUCACCUUCAACUUCACCUGUGCCCUGGCCCCGCUCUUCCUCGCCCCCUUCUGUGAGCUGGCCGGCCGUCGUAUCGUCUACACCGGCGCCUACUUCUGCUUCGCCCUGAUGUUCAUCGGUCUCGCCCUCGGCAAGAACAUCGCCACCAUCCUCGUCUGCCGUGCCCUCCUCGGUCUCUUCGGCUGCGUCGGCACGAUCCUCGUCGGUGGGACUUUCGGUGACAUGUACUACCCCGAAGACCGGGCCAUCCCCGUCGCCACCUUCUCCUUCAUCGCCAUCUUCGGCACCGUCGCCGCCCCCAUCUACGCCGGCUUCAUCGACCAAGCCCUGCACUGGCGCUGGGUCGAGGGUAUCCAGGGUCUCGCCAACAUCCCCCUCGGCAUCAUCAUCCUCUUCUUCCUCCCCGAAACCCGCGGCAGCGUCGCCCUCGGCAAGCGCGCCAAACUCCUCCGCACCCACACCGGUGACGAGCGCUACGUGACCGAGAACGACCUCGAAGCCCCCUCCCUCAAAGUCAUGCUCCACAACUCCUCCGUCAAGGCGAUCAAGAUGCUCAUCACCGAACCCGUCGUCUUCGCCUUCGGUCUCUGGAUCUCCUUCGCCUGGUUCCUCACCUUCCUCUUCCUCAGCGUCAUCCCCAUCACCUUCCAAACCAAAAAGGGCUGGAGCGAAGGCGUCUCCGGACUCCCCUACAUCGGCCUCUGUCUCGGCACCACCAUCGGCUUCGGUCUCAACUUCCUCCAAAUCCGCAAAUACAACUCCCUCGUCGCCGUCGGUGCCGCCCGGCCCGAAUCCCGCCUCUACGGCGCCCUCUUUGGCGCCCUCUGGCUCCCCAUCGGCCUCUUCAUCUACUCCUUCACCCAAUACGCCGACCUCCCCUGGAUCGCCCCCUGCAUCGCCCUCGUCCUCAUCUGCAUCGGCAUCUUCUUCAUCUUCGAAUCCUGCUACUCCUUCACCUCCGACUGCUACGGCGAAAGCAGCUCCUCCGCCAUCGCCGGUCAAGGGUUCAUGCGGAAUACCCUCGGCGCCAUCUCCCCGCUCUUCGCCUCCCAGUUCUUCACCAACGUCGGCAGCCAAUACGCCGGUCUCAUCCUCGCCCUCAUUGCCACCUUCCUCACCCUCAUCCCCUACGUCCUCUUCUGGUACGGGCCUCAGCUCCGCGCGCGCAGUAAGCUCGCCAGUCGCGUCGUGCACGGUGGGAGUCACGAUAGUGAGAAGGGUCCUGCCGGUCAGGCGUAGCCUCUCCUCUCCUCUCCUCUCCACUUCACGUCCCUCAAACUCAAUAACCUUUGGGUUUCAUCGCUCCACAUGUCCACGGAGUGAUAUGUAUAUAUGAGAUGUUGGUGUUAUGAUUCUGCCCAAGUAUAUAAGUCUUACUUUUACUGCAUGUCACGAUAUGUUAUAUAUUUAAAAAAGGAUGUUUUCAUGAGUA